ACAGGGAGGGACACGCCACCAACCUCCCUCCUACCAGAGCAAGCGUCCACUCCCCCCCAUCUAGCCAGAAGCUACAGCUCAUAACACCAUCGCCCAGUGGAGUAGCACUCACUUGCUUGCGCCGUCUCUCUGGGAGGAACACUAGCUGUCUGAGACUCUGUCUGGUGAACUUGGGCUGGACGUGUAAGACACUGCACUACCUGGGACUUACGUGGACGGAUCCGACAGCUGUAUCUCACAGACAUGGAGAGAAUUCCCAGCGCUCAGCCUCCUCCUGCCUGUCUGGAAAGGUCCCCUUCCUUGUCUGGGGUGGAUUUCUCGCACAUGUAUCAAGUGUUCAAACCGAGAAAAGGUCUAAAGAGAUGCGAAGACAGCAAGGACACGUAUAAAUUGCCGCACCGGUUGAUUGAGAAGAAGCGCCGCGAUAGGAUUAAUGAAUGUAUUUCUCAGCUCAAGGACUUAUUACCCGAGCAUCUCAAACUGACGACUUUGGGGCACCUGGAGAAAGCUGUUGUAUUGGAGCUAACCCUGAAACAUGUCCAGUCUUUAUCCAGUCUGAUUGAGCAGCAGCAAAAGCAGAUUGUUACCCUCCAACGUGGUUCACCUUCUGAUGGAAGCAGAAUGUCUGGCGAGGAGAUGUUCCUCUCUGGUUUCCAGCUCUGCGCUGAGGAGGCUCUUCGCUUCCUCGAGGGUGGCGAGAGACGUGAACUGGUUGCUCACCUGCACCGCGUGGCUUCCGAUCUCAGCCGGAGCCCAUCUAGGACACCAAAACUCUCUGACAAACCAGUCCUCAAGGGACAAGCUACCAACUGUGUCCCGGUCAUUCGGCGCGCAGCCCCUCUUCAAUCAGGGGAACAGAGCGGGACGGACACAGACACGGAUAGUGGUUAUGGAGGGGAAGCAGAUAAAGUGGAGUCUUCGCAUGAACAGAGUGGUACCUGGAAGGAAGAAAAGAGCAGUUCCCCAAGCUUGGACCGCAUCAUCAAACAAGAGGAAGAUGAGGUUCCCAAGAAGAGACCUAGGUUGGACACCAACGUUGGGGAGGACCGCUUCUGUAGCAAUGACCUACAAUCAACAGAAUCCUACCCUACUCAUCCUCUCUGCCUGCCCUUUUAUCUCAUCCCACCUUCAGCCUCUGCCUAUCUCCCCAUGCUGGAGAAGUGCUGGUAUCCAGGAUCUAUGCCCAUGCUGUACCCUACACUGUCGCACUCCGGUUUACUGAGUCAGGACAGGGCUCAGCAAAUUCACUCUCCUGCCAUGUCAUCGCUGGACUCUUCUGCAUUGCUACAUGCGCUGAAACAGAUGCCCAAACUAGGUACAGAUUCUAAGGAAUGAUCCCCAGGAGGGAUGUCGGUAAGGCAGCGCUACCAGUAGAUUAUUCAUCAGAAGAAAAAAUGAGCCCACCUUGGUGAGAAUAAAAUGGUGUGGGCGCCAGCUAUCUGCGGACCAUGGACAAUGUGCAGUAGUCCGCUGGUUCGCCAGGUCCCAGAUGUCAGGAGAAGAGACGUGCCAUGUACCAGCCCUGGUCCCAUCUUGCCAGACACCACAGGCUGCAAAUGUGAGCCUUCAUCUUUAGAGAUGUGAAGAAACAUUCUCAGCAUUGAAACAGGUGGCCGGCGGUUUUUGGGAGUGGGUCGGAGGCUUCUAAACUAUGUAGACAGUUAUGAAGGGAGGUAACCGACUUGAACUUGACCCUGUGUUUCAAAGUGUCUCAAGGAAUGAAACACUUCUGGAGGGGCUUAACCAGACACAUCAAGACACCCCCUCGCAAACUAGCCCCGAUCCUCUGCCCACCCCUAAUAGUGGGUACAGAGACUACACGACAAAGCACUUUAUUUAAAUACACCUGUUCAUACCUGUCCGUUGGUGUACCCUGAGGGUACUAGGAGGGUAUGUCCCUGAAAUGUUAUAAAUAUUGUAUUUUUAUGAGAAAUAAAACAAAAAUCUUUAUUUCA